AAACUUCAAACAUUUUGGAUAUAACACGAGUCUAGCUCACAGAAAUUCAGAAGUUCAGAAAUUCUAAGUAAAAUUAAAAAACAAAUUAAAAAUUCAUCCAAAAUGGACUUGGGAGAAGGCAUCUUUGACCGUUUGGAUGAUUGGACCAAGACGAAUCAAGUUAAGUCCGGCGAAAUGGGUCGCAUCUUGGCCAUUCUUCUGGCCAUGGUAGUGAUCUGCUAUGUCGUUGUGAUUGUGUCUCGGAUUGUGGUGGCUCUGGCCUUACCAGCCUUGGUGAUUGUGGUCCUUCUGUUGGCCUAUCGCUUCGUCAGUCCUUCAGAAAUGGAAGAGGGUCUCAAGGAGGUGCCUGACAUUCUAACAUCCUUAACGAACAUUGUAUCCCGAUAUUUUCACAAUGUGAUAGCCAACUAGAGGAGGUUAAAGGGAUGUUGAAAUUUUGUAAUUUAAUCUUUAUAAAAUAUUUUAAAAUAAAACUUAAAUUAUGUAACUGUA